AUGGCGGAAGCAGGAGGAGGGGAGGAGUAUUUGUUCAAGAUAGUGGUGAUAGGCGAUUCAGCCGUGGGCAAAUCCAAUUUGCUUUCACGCUUUGCUCGAGAUGAGUUUGACCAUAACUCCAAGGCCACCAUUGGAGUUGAGUUCCAGACCCAAGUGGUGGACCUCGACGCUCACUGCGACACCACAGUUGCAAGAAUGCUAGUCGGGAACAAGUGCGACUUGGAGAAUAUCAGAGAGGUGAGCGUGGAUGAGGGCAAAGGCCUCGCAGAAGAAGAAGGACUAUUCUUCAUAGAAACCUCCGCCCUCGACUCGACAAACGUCAAUAAGGCCUUUGAGAUUGUCAUCCGUGAGAUUUACGACAAGGUUAGCCGAAAAAUUCUCAACUCUGACUCUUACAAGGCAGAGCUUUCGGUGAAUCGGGUUAGCUUGGCUAAUGGUGUCGACUUGUCAAAGGAAAAGAAUGGCACCUUGUCGUGCUGUUCUAGAUGA